CCCAAGAACAGGAAGGCUGCGAUGUACUCCGGCAACAUCUGGCCAUGCCACGCAAUCCGCGUUUGAGACGCGUACCUGAUGACAUUCGAGUUCGAGUUUCACGCGCAUGCGCAGUCUGUAGGGCUCGCAAGAGCCGCUGCAUAGCACGAAAUGUAGGUGCUUGCGAGAGGUGUGUGGAAAAGGGUGAAGAGUGUGAUUUAUAUGCAGCUCAAGCGUCGGGUUCUCCCGCCACCAGCUCAAAUGCCGCUGUCGACGGCCAGCAGAUAGACAGACAUCCUCCUGGCUCUGGACAUGAAGACAAGGAUGUUGGAACCCCCUCUUCGAUGCCGACAGCUCAAGUUAGAGUCUUGGGCCGCUCCGCAGACAGUAAUGUCUCACUUGCUGCGCCAGAAGCGGUUCAGACUUCGUUUGGGAAAAGCCCAACAGACUCGAGGUCGGACUGUGGAGCGCGAUCGCCUGGUGAGCCGUCACCGGUCCCCAGCGUAGAACCAGAAGAUGCUAUUCUGAUUGUAGAGGAUUUCGAUCGGACCCAAUAUACUGGUCUCCGUUCCAAUGAGAGUUUCCUUCUUUGUGUUCAAGAUGUUUUGCAUUCCACUACCCGAAAGAGGGUCCUAGAUUCAACCAACCGAAGCUCGUUGGAAAUGGCCAACAUCGUCAGGCCACCGCCUGUUCACAGUAAAGAGUCAAUCGAGGCAAUGAAGGCGUUCCCUCCUCAAGAAAUCGCUGCAUUCCUUGUUUCCACGUUCUUCUAUUACGUCGAAGCAACGUUCUUUUAUUGCGACAGAGAGUGGUUCUAUACUACUCUCAACAGCUAUUACUCCGGCACCUCAUCCGGAAGUGCAAUUGACGAUGCAUUUAUUUGCUUCGCUUUGCUUGUCUUUGCCUUCGGUAGCCAAUUUGCGCAUUUGAGAUCCCGACCUACAUCCAACGACCCGCUUCCUAUAGACCUUGGAAAGAAAUUCUACGACAGUGCUCAGAAGCUUAUUCCAAGGGUCAUUGACACAUGCACUCUGAAGGGAGUCCAAGUGUGUCUACUGGCAGGUCUGUACAAGUUGCCAUACAACCUGCCAGACACGUCCUAUCUCUACCUUGGAAUGGCUAUGAGGAUGUCAAUUGCCAGUGGGCUGCACCGCAAGACAUUAGCCGUGACAUUAGAUCCUCGAAUUACGGAAGUUCGCAAUCGUUUGUGGUGGAGUGUUUAUUCUAUAGACAAACGCACAAGUAUUGCUUUAGGUCGGCCUUCUAGCAUCGCAGAAGACGCGAUCGAUGCACCCUUUCCUAAAUAUCAUCCGUCGUUGGACAACCUCGAAUAUCAAUCGAACGUGCAGCAUCAAGUUGAAUACUUGAAGUUAACGCGUAUCGUUUCGAAAAUCGUGCAAAACAUUCCUCUCGAAUCGAAGCCACCAUGCAUCAAAGAUCUGUCAGAACAAUUGAAGGAGUGGCGAUCUCAGCUUUUCUCCAAUCUCCACCCCAACGACCUGCUUCCUAGCGAACGGAAUUUUCGUACAACCGUUCACCUGCAUAUACACUAUCACUGGGCAUGGAUCCUCAUGGGCCGUGCCUCCCUUCUCCAAGUCUCGCGUGAACGCAUUCAAGCUUUAUCGGACUCUGCAACCCCCGCACCGGAACAGCCUCAAAGUCGGACGGACCUUGCGACCCUCUGCGUCGACGCUGCGAAGGCGACGAUUGAGCUAAUACUGGUCUUGAAGAAACAUAACUUGCUCUGCCGCUUCUCGUUCACAGAUCAUCAUGCUUCAGCUGCAGCAUUGAUCAUAUUGAUACUCCAUAGUAUCCUGCAGCACGGAGACGAGACGAGCAGAAUCAUAGACGAUGGCGUUGACAUGUUACGUUACAUGGCACAUGGAGGCUGCCGUGGAGCUUCGUCGGAUCUUCAUACUAUUGAGCAACUCAGGCGACUUGCUUCCGACUUGCGUCAGAAAAUAUACCGAGGUCAAGGCGGGCUUUCAGUUGGAGGCUCCAUGCAACCAACAUCUAUAACGGCCUCAUAUCAAGCUUGGGUGAACUGGAUGUCAGAGCAAGAGUCAUCUAGAAGUCAUGAACCGCGGCCGGACAACUUGUGUUCUCAACUCGAUCCAGAAACUCUGCCGAGCGAUUCUGGGAUACGCGCUCACGAAAGCCCUCCCAUGUACGAAGCCGGCCCCAAUAACAACAUGCUUGACACUCUGGACUAUCGCUGGCUUAAUCAGGGAAAUGCUAACUGGAACUUCGAUGCAUUCAACGGAUCAACUUUUCAAGGAGAGGUUCCUCGAGGAUUUGAGUGGGAUGACGGCCGGCUAGACGUACUGGAUAUGACGCAGCUUCUUGGAGGCUACACCGGGCAGACUACCUAUGGUCAGGGUUGAGCAUACUCUGACCAUCAUGUAUCGCACGGGCAAAAUCACAACU